AUGGGAGGCCGCGGUCGUGGCGGCGGUGGAGCCGGAAACGCUGUGCGAAGCGUCGCUUCGGCUUUAGGGAUCCCUAGACACGAAAUGGGCCAAUAUGGGCAUCUGAAGUCUGUCGAACCACCGCCACUCUAUCCGGUUAGUUUGCGAAUUUUUUUAUUUCUACUAAUAAUCGAAAAGAGUGAAGUUUGAAACUAUUUAUAGAACUGAGGUUGUAUGCAAAAAGAGAUUAAAGAUUCAAGCGAAUUCUCCGAAAAUGGAAAAAAAAUCCUUCAAACUGGCUUUCAACUUAGAACUUUUUCGCUUUUUCCUAUUGUACCUAAAUUCCAUGAAAGAUUCUGAAAUGAGAAAAAAAAAAGAUUAUUAUAUGCGCGAAAAAAGAAAGCCUUUUGGGAAAACUGGGGAAGAACGGCCCUUCUUUGAGGUAAAAAAAUUUCCGUUUUUCUCGACCAAAAAAAUAAUUUUAAAAAAAGUAUUUUUUUGAAAAAAAAUUUAUUUCUAAAUCCUUUUCAGAACUUGCAACGAGGGCCUUUGCCGUUCGAUAUGACGGCCGACUUGAUAUAUGUCUCCAAUUUGAGAGUUGAGCUCGAGCAGAGGUUAGUUUCUAAAAUAAAAACGGAAUCUAAAUCGGAGUUUGAAGGUUCCGAGAGUCACCGUACUAUUUGGAGAAAGAAGAACCGCGUGACAUCAAACGAUACACGGACAAAUAUUCUGUGGUCAAACGCGGAAAGUUGCAAAUCGGUAGGGUGUACAUAUUCAGCAAGAACAAAGUUAUUGAAAUCGCGCUAUUGGAGGUUCAGCAACCUCAAAAUUUUGCUGAUUAUGGUAGUUCUGAUCUGCUUUUCGAAGUUGAGCUUGAAUCUUCUGAGUUAAGCUCAACUAGGUCAUCGAUUUUGUUGACUUCGCGCAUAUCAAAAAGUUUGUUUUGCUGAUUUUGGAAUUUAUCUCUUGUUGAAAGUGUUCUCUGAAGGGUUUUUUAACACUCUAUGUGUAGGUGAAGUUGAGAUGUAAGGACUGUAUUCUAACUUGAAGAUGAAAAAAAUCUCCAUUCUCUGAGGUCUUUUUAGGUCGGCGCGAUUUUUUUUGGUUUUUCACAGUCUGACAUUUUUAUUCUUUCAUUAUUCCUUUUCCGACAUUUUUUUUCUCGAUAAACUCUUCGUUUUGGAUGUUCCUAUAUGAAAUAGGUAGCUGAGUCAUAAUUAAAACACAAAUAAAACAAACAUGUUAAUAGAUCUACUAUGAACCGGAAAAUAUAAGUGAAAAGGUCGGAUGUUCCAUAGCGAUAAAAAAAAAUCGGAAAAGUCGCUGUUUGAAACCGCGCCGAUUUUUUUUUUUCAUACCACCGAUCGUUCAUUUUGCUCAGGAAUGUUGCUCAAAAACUUAUCGUAACUAUAAAAAGUCGAAGCAUUAUCUGACCGGGUUGCUACAAUUUCAACAAGCGGCCCUCUAGGGACGACUCCGAAUAAUUUCGCUAGAUCUCAUUUUACAUAAAUUUCGAUCCAGCCCACGUAAUAUUCAGUUGAAGCGAGGAAUAAGAUUUUUCGCUCUUGAUGAUGACUCGAAACUCUGUAAUUUUUAUUGUUUGAAGACAUGUCUCGACUACCGGUGGAGCUCGCGUGGCGAAGAGAGACAAAAGUUGAGAAACCAGCUGCGAAAAGAAGGAAAGAAGACGUUGAAAGCGUAGAUGACGUCAUCGACAAAAAGCUCCGCAAGUUGGAAGAGCUCGAAAAGCGCGAGAAACACGCGGAGAACGACGAGGACGGAGAUGAGAAGGAGGAAGAGGUUUUUUUUUCUUAAAACGAAGGUUAUAUAAUUUUUUUAAUAUGGAAAAGAGCUUAAUAAACCGACACGUCGACUAAAUCUAUGAGAAUAUUUUAUUUUUUCAGGAUGAAAAAAGCGAGAAAUCUGACACAGAAGAGCAAGAGACAUUGUCCGAAGAAGACUACGCCGAGGAGGACAACGAUUACAUCUCCAACUACUUUGACAACGGCGAAGGCGACGUCGGCUCCGACGACAACCUCGGAGAGGACGAUUAUUGA